UUGUAUUGGUGUGGAUAUGUGUCCUGACUAAUCCCUUAGGCCUGCGAUAUCAGACAAGACAUUUACCCACCAUUUCAUUUGCUAACGACGCGUGGGGUGAAUACCUCAUACAUCUAAAACUUUUAUACUGUUUACUACUCUUCAAGAUUCUUCCUUUUAUUGUCUCAUGUCAGUCACUAUCAGGACUUGGUCAUAAAUCAAUGCUUUAUGAAGAUUGUGACAAUUUACUUUCGAUUUGAUAAACUUUCAAUUCGAGUUUGAGAACAGAACACUGUUGAUACUGACUCGGUUUUUUAUCUCCGUUUUGGGCGCUUGGAUUUAUCUACGUUUGGCCUACGUUUGGUCUUCUACGUUUGGUCUGUGUUUGGCCUACGUUUAUGGUCUUCAUUUGUAUCAUCUGCAUUUGACCCGCCCUUGGAUAUGACGGCGAAUGACAUGGCCAUGAAGUCACUUGGAGAAAAGCUAGACAUUGUGGAGCGGAUCAUGGCCUACAUCAGUCCUCCAAAGAUGCAGCGAGGUACCAUGUACCCGGUGCGUUCCAAAGCUCGAGCAGACGACAACGUACCUUUCCGAGACUUGAUGGCGGCCAUUGUUGACAGGCAGGAUCUCAAUGCUAAAUAUCUCCAAAGGCUGGCUGAGGAGAGGAAACGAGGCCCUCUACCUGGAAAAGGGAACGGACAGACGCCACAAAAUCGUGUAAAUAAACAGAUGGUGUUAGAUCCUUCAGCUAAAACUCCACAGGUUGUCACAGAAAAUCAUCACAGUUUCCCCAAGAUCGAGCAGACGACGAAACAGAAGAAAAAGGAACCAAAUGGGAUAAGUUACUCGGAUCACGAGAAGUCCCCGUAUGACAAGAUGGAGGCCGUCCGAUCGUACGCGCGUCGGCGGGAACAGAUUGUGACACACGAGAAGAGCGAGCAGGCAGUGAGGGGACAGAAACCGUCGGAGCUUUUGGACGCCGCUUCGGUUGACUCCGGUUGUAGCUCGGAUAAAUCCACCGACGGAGACAUGAAGCGGGUGGAGCGAAUUCUUCAGAGUAUUCACGUGGGGAGGACGAGAGCUGGUGGUUUACCGAAGGACGCGCGCGCCGCCAGGCGACUUCAUUACGUCGUGGCACACGGUCCUUCAAACGCGCCGCAAAAGAAACCUAAACUUGAUAACAUGAAUCGGUUUUAUACUCCGAGUCUCGAUUCAAAGAGUCUGAGUCACCCGCGUACCAAGUCUGUGCCUUCUUCUUGGGAGCCCCACGGCGAGCUCAAGGUACAUCCGAAAUAUCGGACUCCAUCGGACGGGGUUUGUAAAUAUUACUGCAGGAAUUACCCGGAUUAUCUCCGCGAGAUGCAAAUGGAGAAGUUACUGAAGAAGCAACGUGUUCUGCAUAAAACUGCCGAACGAAGUCCUGUGCAAGAGACGGACGGGGUCUUAGGAUGUGACCUCAGCGAGUUAGUUAAACCGUCCUCGCCCAAUAAGUACAACCAGGAUUAUUCAUUUGCGUGACGUACACAGCGAACCCGCGGGCUACGGGUUAUGUGAACGGUGGGGUCAUUUCAUACAGAGGGGGGAAAGAGACUGUCUAUAUGCUAAAGGAGUUAGGAGAAGCAAAUCCUACGCGAACGCCGGAGAAUACGGCCUAUGGCUCCCAGGCGGAUAACGACAGGGGCCUUGUCUCUGGGGCGACGAAUCAGACCAACGCGUCGGCUGAUUCACCAACAGGGACAACUCCAGUGAUUGUUCCCGUGUCACGCAAAACUUCGGGUGGAGACUUUUGUCACCAGGAGGUAGAGGACCGCUCGCGGUGGGUUGGGAGAAUUUACCAGAAUGAUAAUACAGUAGUGCAGCGCCAGGGAAAUGUCGCAACUCAACCAAUGGGACAAAACGACGUCCAAGGACAGACGUCAAAAACUAAUGUGAAUAGUAGUCCCGAUAUUUCUGUCCCUAAUAUCGACCAACCUGUUGUUGUGACAGGAUCUGUUCGUGUGGACGAUGCUGAUACAAAAACUGUCGACUCGCCGAUUGUCGUGGAGCAGGAUAUUGACAAUAGCAUUGGAAGAGAUAAUGGAGUAAGUCAAUGUGACGGCAUGACGUCACUGCUUUCUGUGCCCAUGCUCCACGCAGAGAGAAUCAGGACUUUGGAAGAGGGUUUUGAAGGAAAGGACGGCGACCUUUCCAUACCGGAAAUCAGAAUGAUUACGGCUACACCACUUCCGCCUGAUUAUGAAGCUUAGAUGAGGACUUUAGGCAGGAGUUAUGGGGUUGAUACGUACAGUUAGGGGACUGGGUCGGGUUUUUUUUCAGCGAUUACUGAAUAUAAUCCUCGUACAGAGCACAUAUACUUUCGAUGUAUUGUGAGAUGGGAGAGGCUCUCUAUUGGCAACUUCAUGUAACUGAAUCUGACGCGGCCUACCUGGUACUGAUAAACUGACCAGAAUUCCGACACAAAAUUUCGUUCAACCCCCGAGCCUUAUCCUGUCGUCCGGCAGAGGCGAAAUGGACGUGAAGAGUCUGAAGUCAGUGAGGCGCUGUCAUUGGUGCUUCUAAACCUCUUUAUAAUCUGUGUCAAUAAAAACUUGUAACUUAUUUA